GCAGAUAAGUGUGUCUGAGGAGUCGAGUACAGUAAACAUGGCUGCUGUUGGAUACUGGGGAUUGAAUUGUGCAUCUUUCUGGCUAGUGUGUUAUUUUCUCUUCUGCUGUCUGCUUAGUGCUCCUGGAGUGAAGGGAAUACCGAAGGCGGGCGAAUGGUCCUUCACACUGGGGAAUAAUUCAGGACCUGUGAUAUUUACGAAAACCUUGUUCAACAACACAGAUGUAACACUAAAAAUUACUUCAUUUUACUGUCCAGGCAUGGUUAUUUUUAGAGUGGAGUGGCUGCUGAAGUACUAUCCCUGCUACAAUGAGUAUGUAAUCGAUGAAGAAUUUGAUUACAACAUCCUCGAUAAUUUUCAGUUGUUCAAGCAUUCAGGGCAGUAUAUCACAAAUAAAGAAGAAAUUACUUGCCAGAGUACUAUGCAAAGUUUCCCACCAUUGCAUAUGAGCACAGAUCUUCCUCAUUUUGCACUCCAAAUUAAUGAACAGCAGGAUGGCCAUUCUGUGCAUAAAAGGGAAACUGUGAAGAAUAAAGACACUCUGUUUUCCAAAAAGGCAGAUACAAAGAUUGGUGUAGUGGCUACAACAUGGCGAGAUGGUCCAUAUAUUUUUUUAGUCAGCAUUAAACCAGUGGCUAAAGCUGCAGAGUGGAAUUUAACAGGUACACUUGUUUCAGCAAAAGGUUCACAUGGAUAUAUUUCAGCAGCAGACUGGCCUUUGAUGAUUUUUUAUAUGGUUAUGUGCUUUAUAUACAUUGCGUAUGGUGUCCUCUGGUUGCUGUGGUCUGCUUGCUAUUGGAAAGACUUGCUAAGAAUCCAGUUCUGGAUAGCUACAGUGAUAUUCUUGGGUAUGCUUGAAAAGGCAGUAUUUUAUGCUGAAUAUCAAAAUGCCAAUAGUUUUGGGAAGUCAGAUGGAGGCCUUUUGGUAUUUGCUGAAUUAGUUUCUGCUUUCAAAAGGACAUUAGCACGCCUGCUUGUAAUUAUUGUCAGCCUGGGAUAUGGCAUAGUAAAGCCUCGUUUGGGAACAGUAAUGCAUCGUGUGGUUGGACUGGGGGUAGUGUACUUUAUUUUUGCGGCAGUAGAAGGAAUUUUAAGGGUAAUACAGGGUCCUGGAAAUUUUGCAGCUAUUAUUUCUGGAGUUGUUCUAGCAUUACUUGAUGCUGGCUUUGCAUGGUUCGUAUUUGUCAGUCUGGCACAAACCAUCAAGACUCUGAAAAUAAGAAAAAACACAGUGAAGCUAUCUCUUUACAAGCAUUUUGCAAAUACGUUGAUAUUUGUAAUACUAGCUUCUGUAGCAUUUAUAAUAUGGGCAACUAAGAAGUUCCGCUUAGCAACAUGUCAGUCAGACUGGAUGGAACUGUGGGUGGAUGAUGCAUUCUGGAGAUUCCUCUUUUCAGUUGUACUUCUAGUAAUAAUGUUUCUCUGGAGACCUUCAGCAAACAACCAAAGGUAUGCAUUUACACCUUUGAUGGAUGAUUCUGAUGAUGAAGUAGAAGAAUUUAUGGUAUCAGAAAAUUUAGCAGACGGCAUAAAGCUGAGAGUAUCAAAGUCCAGUUCUAAUGGAGUAGUCAAAAGUCCUGACAGUGUUGAUAGUGACUUGAAGUGGGUGGAAGAAAAUAUUCCUACUACAAUCAGUGAUAUAGCUUUGCCAGUAUUGCUAGAUUCAGAAGAGGAAAUCAUGACCACCAAAUAUGAGAUGUCCAAGAUGGAAUGAAGCCAAAGAACUUGAACCUAGAUUAAGCUUGCUGUGAUACUGCAGUGAAAUAAUUAGUUGGCAUACUGAAUGAUCCAAGUAUGACACUACAAGACCUGUGGACUCUGUUCAGUUCUCAUGCAGGGCAGUCUUGUAUUGGCUUAUUAGCUGCAGUACAUUUCCUCUGGAUGCUGUGCACCAGUAUGAGGCCUAAUCAGGUUAGGAGGACGUGGGUGCAACCGACUAUGUUUGCUGUGUUUGGCAUUCUUUGCACAUGAUUCUGCUGAAUGGAUGUUGCUUAUUUUGUUUGUCUGUAAAGCAUUCAUAAUUUUUUUAAAUUAAAAACAAAUCUGGUUUGA